AUGCUCAAACCAUGUCAAUCUUUUUUACAGAGUUUAAAGACACCUAUUCGCUGCUAUCUUCGUAGUUUCUCGAGUACAAUCCAUCUCAGGAGAAUUAUUACUCUAAGAACGUUUGAAAAGGUACCAGAUACAGUUAGACCUGAAUUAUUGAUAAGACACAAGGAUGAAAAUCUCGAACGAAUAGCUAGCCUAAGUCAAAUUUUGGAAUUAGACGAAUAUGGUAUAAAGAUUGCUGAUGAAUCAGAAUUGACUAAAUGCCUUUAUCCAACGAAAUAUACAAGAAUUGAACUCCCUAACGGUAUUUCCUAUAGUAAUCAUCAAUUAGAAAUUUUGGGGAGAAAAUUGCUUUAUUUACAGGUGUACCAAGCUUAUUUGAGCCUAUUCAAAAGGUCAGAUAGUGAUAUCUGCGAUUACGAUUUCAAUUAUUACUCCAAAAUGGACAACAUGAGCAGGGCCAAGCGAAACCCUUCUAGUGUAAUUCAUCGUCAUCUUAAACAUAUUAAGUUAAGUAGACUUGCCAGGCUCCCGAUACCGAAUAAUCAAGUUCCAUUGAGGAUACAGUUUUCUUAUGAUCAAAAGAGUUUUAACGCCAUCAUCGGUUAUAUCUCAAUGACCCACGAGGAUCACAUUGUGAACAGGUUCUUGAAUAAAGUGAUAGCAGAAAGAUUAAUCAAGACAGUUCUACUUCGAUGA